AUGGGUUUGACAACCUUGAACUGUAUUUACAUGUGUUUCCGCCUCAUCUGAAAAAGCACACCUUGGCGUUCAUUGGUUUUGUUGGGGGUCCUGCAUCUGCAGGACCGGGCUUUGAGCUACAAGCCAGAUGGUCAACUCGAGUGUUCAAAGGACUAUGCAACUUACCUGAUGAAGAAUCAAUGAUGAAGGAAAUAAAAAUACGUAAAGAUGAAUUCUAUGAGAGAUUUGGAAAACAUGGAGUUGUUGUCAAUUUAGUACAAUACCAAGACAGACUUGCAGACUUAAUUGGAGCCAAGCCAAAUUUCUGGAAGCUUCUACUGACAGAUCCCAAGUUAGCCUACGCUAUAAUGUUUGGACCAUGCUAUCCUGCCACAUAUCGACUCACGGGUCCGGGUGUAUGGAAUAAAGCACGGGAAACUAUAAUGAAUACACAUGAGAACCAUUCAACAAAGACCACAUUACAAACAGAACAACAAGGAAUGCAGUUUGUGAUGCUGGUGAUGGUUAUUGUUUCUUUGUUGCUACUUCCCUUUCUUAAUAUUGGAUAG